CCUGUUCAACGAAGAUGCAGCUUAUACCAACCCAUCAUCAGGACGGCAUAUAAAGGGCGGUCUUCAUCCAUUCGAACGUCUUUCUGAUCCUUUUGUCCUUAUCCCCGCCUACAUUCAUCUCCUCUACACAUGCCUGGCGCUUGCACGUCGCCCACACCCACUGCCCUGCUCAAGCCCUUCCUGCCAUCCCUCCCUUCCCUAAUUCCAACAUACGCUGAUCAAAAUGGUCCGCUUCACCAUCAUCGCCUCCAUUUUUGCGGUUGCCAUCGCAUCCGCCAGCGCGGCUAGCACAGAGGGCCUCGCCCCGACCCGCAAGUGCGGCACGACCCAUACUCUCUCGCCCGAGCGCGAAGCAGAGGCCCAGCGCUUCAUCGCCGCGUACCACAAUGCAAACAACACACUCAAGAACGGUCGCGUCGACGCCGCUUCUACCAAGAGCGUCGGCAUCCACUGGCACAUUAUUACCUCUGGCAGCACCGGCAGCCUCGCUAGCUCCCAGAUCAAGAAGCAGAUAUCCGUCUUGAACGACGACUACGCGCCCUCGGGCUUCUCCUUCCACCUUAUCUCCACCGACACCACAAACAAUCCAAACUGGUACUCGAAAGUUGACUCCGGAAACAGCUACGAGAGAGAGAUGAAGAAUGCGCUGCACAAGGGUUCGGCUAACGCUCUGAAUGUCUACACGGUCGGCUUCAACAAUGGCCUCCUCGGCUUUGCCACCUUCCCGAGCGAUUACUCCUCCUCACCCAACCUCGACGGUAUCGUGAUCGAUGGCCGCUCGCUGCCUGGUGGCUCACUCUCACCGUACAACCUCGGCAAGACCGCCACACACGAGGUUGGCCACUGGCUGGGCCUCUACCACACCUUCCAGGGCGGCUGCUCCGGCUCGGGCGACUACGUCUCCGACACCCCCCCUCAGUCCAAGGCGUCGUCCGGAUGCCCCGUCGGCCAGGACUCGUGCUCUGGCGGUGGCAGUGACGACGUGCACAACUACAUGGACUAUUCCGAUGAUAGCUGCAUGAACCACUUCACCUCAGGUCAGAAUACACGAAUGGUAUCUCUCACCUCUCAAUACAGAGGACUCUAGACAACACGGUUCAUUGAUACCACCACUGGAGAGAAAAGCAUACGUUCCGUGGCUCAUUGAAGCGCCCUUCGCCCCGAAUGACCGACGGUAGAUUCCGCUCUCAACCCUGCUUUGCUGUGCAAAGAGGU